AUGAUGACUUACUUACAACUUCUGUACAUACUUUUAUUUCUACAACAAACUAUAAUAAUUUUAUUUGCAAAAGUUCAUCGAAAUCCUGAAGAUUUUGGAAUUCUCAUGCUCGAUCCUUCUCUACAAGGCAUUGAAGCUGUUGAAAUAUUCAAUUUAAACACAAGAAAAGGACUUGCUUUCUUCUUGAUCGUCAUUGGACCAGUUGAUGAAGGAAUUUCAAAAGCUAUUCAUCUAGCACCAGAAGAAUCCACAGUUGUAUAUUAUAAUAAUAGUAAUAUAGAUAUUACCAACAUACGCAAGCAGUAUCACGGAUCAGUGUUAGAUCUAGGCAAAGGCUUAUAUUUGAUGCAUACAGUACCUCCACAAUGUGAUGUAGUAUUUUGCAAAAAAUUAGGAAAUGAUAUCAAGUUUUUCAAGACAUGCAGUCCAGAACGUUGUCAUUGUUCAGAUGGUCAACCACAUUUACAACGUUGUGGUGAUGGCACUGUUUUUAAUCCUCUUUCUAGAAGUUGCAAUCAACCUAACAUUGUUGGCUGUUAA